CGACAUGCCGUCCAACAAGUCCUUCCGCACCAAGGUUGUCCUUUCCAAGGCUGCCAAGCAGAACCGCCCGAUCCCGCAGUGGUUCCGCCUCAAGUCGGACACCAAGAUCCAGUACAACGCCAAGCGCAGGCACUGGCGUAGGACGAAAUUGGGUCUCUGAUUGGGUCGUACUACGCGUUCGGCGCCGCCGUGGCCCCCUGCAACGUUGCCUCGUCUGCAGCUC